AUGGCCCGUAGACAAGCACCAGCACCUAAAACUCCUAAAAAUGAGCCAGACCUCUCAAAAUGCCCUGACUUCAGUGCCCAGGAUGUCGCAGAAAUCAAAGAAGCCUUCGAUAUUUUUGACCAUACAGGCAAAGGUACAAUAAAUCUCUUUGACAUGAUUGGAUAUCUUGAAAGCUUAAAAGUCAACGAAAAAUACCCAACUGUUUAUACCCUGAUUGAAAGACUGCAAAACCAGUUCCCUAAAGGCAUUUCAUUUAAAGAAUUUGUUGAGUAUAUUCAAUACUCCCUUGGUGAUGGCGAAACUGGGGAAGGGCUUACAAGAAUGUUCGAAUUACUUGAUGUUGAGGAUAAAAAAUACCUUGACAAAGCAAGAUUCCAUUCCAUUGCAAGGGAAAUCGGAGAGCAUAUUCCAGAUGAGGAGCUUGAAGAAAUUAUUACUGACUAUUAUGAAUGUCCUAAUGGGAAAGUCGAUGUGGACGCAUUUUAUAAGUUCAUGAUUAAAUCCACCUUUUAA